AACAAAGUCUGUUAUUCAAACACUUCUAAAAAAUCUUCCCAAAUACAUUGAUAACUGAAAUAGGUCUAUAAUUGAACAUAUUGUCUUUACUUCCAGAUUUAAAUAUUGGUGUCACUAUGCUUUCUUUAAAUUGGCGAGGAAUUACUGAGGAUUUGAAACAGAGGUUGAUAAUAUUACAAACUAUUUGUUGUAACUCUAUGUUAUCCACUGGAGUUAGAAACAUAGAGUGAGCAAUGUUGACGACUUGAGGAUCUGAUGUAUCAAGAAUUGAGAUAUUGAUAUUAUUUAGAUGUUUCAUUACAGAUACAGGAUGUUCAUUUGAAAACUGAUUAAAAGAAAAAACGUCAAAAGUUUUGUCAAGGGGACAGUUGUUUAACCAAAAACUACUUCAUCUCCUUCCACCCUCGGUCCAC